AUGCAACGCAUUGGUAUCGUCCUCUCCUCGUGUCCAACUGGCUGGGUAAAAUGGCGUGAGUCUUGCUACAUCUUACUCCCUGAUAAGAUGAACUGGAUGCAAGCCGAUGCGAUAUGCAAGCGACCAGGGAGCAACCUCGUAGUGCCUGAUUCAAGAGAAGAAAACCACUUCAUCUACGAAUGGGCAGUGAAAGAGAGCGUUGGUAUGUGGAUCGGCUGCACAGAUGUUGUUCAAGAAGGAGUUUGGUUGUGUGGAGGUCAGCCUGCAAGGAUAUUGAGGGUUGUGUCUACUUUGAACUAUAACGGUGUCCGUUAG